GCAGCCCGCGAAUUAUCGUCCCUUCGCCUCUCUCGAGCACGGCUAGUGCCUCGGCACGGGCUGCGCGUGGACCUGCUCUCUCUCCGUCACCUCUGUUGUUCCUCAGGAUGACCGCAAUGGUAAAAGAUGAUACUGGAAAUGAGAAGGAAGAUUCUGAGCUGUCAGCAGGUGUGAAAAAUGGCAUGAUCCCUCUGCAUGACAGAACUCRGGAAGGGCCAACAGUGGACCCCAAAGGUACUGAUGGGAAUAUACAAACAGAAGAAACUGCUCUCCUGAAUCAUUGUCCUCAGCAGCCUUGGGAACAGAUAGCUUCAACACCUGCAAGAACAUGGAUGCAAAUAUUUGCUUGUCCUCCUCAAGGUUUACUGGCCCGAAUAGUGACAAACGUUGUGAUUGUGGUCCUGAUUUGGGCUGUGACUUGGUCCAUCACUGGGGCUGAGUGCCUUCCAGGUGGAAACCUGUUUGGAAUUCUGUUUCUUUAUUUUUUUUCUGUCAUUGGAGGGAARAUUUUUGGACUCAUAAAAAUACCAACGUUGCCUCCUCUUCCUGCUCUUCUUGGGAUGUUGCUUGCUGGUUUUUUCAUCCGAAAUACCCCAGUCAUCAAUGACAUCAUCCAGAUAAACCUCCACUGGUCUGCAGCACUCAGGAAUAUUGCUCUUUCCAUUAUCUUGACCCGAGCAGGACUUGGCCUGGAUCCACAGGCUCUUAAGAAGCUGAAAGCAGUUUGUCUGCGGCUUUCUUUUGGACCAUGCCUCUUAGAGACAUGCACAGCUGCUGUUUUCGCCUACUUGUUCAUGCAUUUGCCAUGGCAGUGGGGAUUUAUAUUAGGAUUUGUUCUAGGUGCCGUUUCCCCUGCUGUUGUGGUGCCUUCAAUGCUGACAUUACAAGCAGGGGGUUAUGGCGUGGAAAAGGGUGUCCCAACCCUGCUGAUGGCUGCUGGCAGCAUUGAUGACAUCCUGGCCAUUACAGGGUUCAACACCUGCCUUGGAAUAGCUUUCUCUUCUGGUUCUACUCUGUACAACGUGCUCCGYGGAGUGCUGGAGGUGGCGGUUGGCACAGCAGCAGGGGCCAUUCUGGGAAUGUUUCUUCGGUACUUCCCAAGCCAUGAUCAGGCAUCUCUGGCAUGGAAGAGAUCGUAUUUUGUUCUGGGUCUGUCCAUGUUUGCUGUUUUUGGCAGCACCCGCUUUGGUUUCCCUGGAUCAGGAGGGCUCUGCACGUUAGUUCUAGCAUUUGUUGCUGGGGUUGGAUGGUCUGACAACAAGAGGGCAGUAGAAAAAAUUGUUGCAGUUGCAUGGAACAUCUUUCAGCCUUUUCUCUUUGGUUUGAUUGGAGCAGAAGUAUCUGUUACGUCGCUUAGGCCUGAAACUGUUGGACUCUGUAUUGCUACAUUAGGCAUUGCCCUUGUCGUACGAAUCCUAGUCACGUUCCUGAUGGUGUGUUUUGCUGGGUUUACUUUCAAGGAGAAAGUAUUUGUCUCGUUGGCCUGGAUGCCCAAAGCUACUGUCCAGGCUGCAAUAGGCUCCCUUGCUCUGGAUACUGCAAGAAGACAUCAGGAUGAGCAGCUGGAAAACUAUGGAAUGGAUGUACUGACAAUAGCUUUCCUGGCCAUCCUGAUCACAGCUCCAAUUGGAGCCCUGGCUAUUGGCUUGGCAGGACCCAGACUUUUGCAGAAGGCUCAACCAAAUAAGAACAAAGAUGAGGAAGGUGUUGAGGCUGGAGAAGAGCCAGAGAUGUGUGAACAUUCGUAAGAAAGACGCAUGUGGAAAUACAGACCUUCAGCCCCUGCUAUGUUUGCUGAGUAAACACCACGCAUGUUCAGUCUUUCUGGAGGAAACCAAAACCACUAAUCAGUUGUAUCUGCUAUUUUAAAAACAGUUUAGAGACAUGUUUUUAAAACAGUUUUUCUAAAAUAUUUUUAACUGUUGAUGGUGCCUUAAGGGAUGAGUGAGCUAAACAUACAGUGACUAGGCUGGCCGGACAGUGAGUCACUAGAGAGGUUAGCAGUCAACAGUUAUUUGAAAUGUGUGGGUGUGAGGUCAGGAAGAGGAUCUGAAUUGUUGAGGCAUGGAGUGGUGCAGAGAGAUGGAAUUCAAAUAGGGGAAAAAAAUUAAAAUCAACAUGAUAUAACUCCUGGUGAUUGAAACUGGGCCAUCAGAUGACAAGUUCAAAGGCUUAAGAAACAUGACUUCUGAAUUAGGCAGGCAUUUCUGAAACUGUAUUAUUUGUAGAGCAUAUAUUUAUAUCUGUGUAUACAGAAGAGUUAGCGUGCUCUGUGUUUGUGUGCAUGUGUGUGCACGCACACACCUUUUUUUGUAUGUGCCUUUCUUUCCAAACAAAAAUAACUUCCUGAGAAAGCUUGGAACUCCAGUACAGUGAUUAAAAAUACCAGGAAGUUCUAUGGUAAGUUUUUUGCAGACGUUUGUAAAGUCCAGCUAUUAAAUUUUCACUGAGUUUCCUUACCAUAUGUGUCGCUGUUCUCUCCCCUUGCAUAGGGAAUAUACAAUCCCUAGCUAGUUCAGUCCAUCCCCAUCCCCUGACCAGAAGGGAGGGUGCUUUGAGGCUGUGCRGGAUGAUUAAAGGUUGCUGUGCUGCACUUCAUGGGUACUGCAUCAACCACUGACUUCUGA